UUUUCAUCUGUACAGAUCCGGCUACUGAUGGAGGGACUGUUUUCCCACUUCUUCUCUGCCGACCGGCGCGGCUACCACGAGGAAGACAUGAGGUGGUUCCUGGAGCUGGCCAACCAGCAGGACGACUGGUGUGUGCCUCAUGUCUCUGACAUUGUCAUCGGUGGAACUUCAGAACAAGACCUGGUGGACGAGCUGCAGAAGAGCAUCUACGAGAAGGAGAAAUCUCGUACUGCCACUCUCACAGUGGAGAUUCCCAAGGAUGCCAUAAGCAUGUGCACGUUCAAGAUGUACCUGUCGCGACUGCUGGGAGAGUGUGACCGCCAGAAUGAGGACCCCGCGAGGUGUGGACCUCUCCUCCUCCAUCAGUACCACCCCAGACUCCAGGUGGGCCAGGCCCUCGUGAAGAAAGCCUCAGUCGGCAGCUCCGGACCCUACAUCCCAACAUUCUACCAAGAGUCCCCGGGCCAUCUGCCCCCGAGCAGGCAAGCCUCGGGAGACGAAUGCAGCAACCGCUGGCCCACCUCUACUUUCUGACGGUGUUGGAGCACGUCCUCGCCGAAGAGAAGAGCCUUGCUAACAUGGCAAAGGCAGCGAGACAGCUCUCGGAUCUCGUCAACUCGGGGACCUCCUCUGAUCCAGCCCAGCAGGCAGUGCUGCAGAUUGAGCUGCAAGCCGUCCUCCAAGUCGUCGCGAAGCUCCUGGCAAAGCUGCUGGGUGCAGAGUCCGACGAACGGGCCCAGUUUGGGGAGCUGAAGGACAGCAUCGAGGAUAUCAAUCGUCUGUUUGGUGACGUGAGCACGGGGGGCGAGAGAGUGGGCGGCCACGGUAUGGUGGUGGCUCUACAUCUGCUCAAGGUUCUCAAGAGCUCGCGGAAAUUCAUUGAACUGAUGACCACCAAAUUCGAAAUGAGGUGUAGGGAGAUCAAGUGUCUGUGGCCGAUACACGAACGACUUCAGGAACCGGGGGAAUCUACUGUUCACCUACUGCCCUUCAUGCUGCCGGGGGUGGGGGGGUAGAGGACGACCUGAGGGGACUCUACAAGAGGGUGAAGAAGGCGAUGGAAGAGAUCCACCAACUGAACAACGCAAAUAACAUCAAGGAACUGGAGAGGAUAGCAACUGAGUGCAACUCCCCGAGGCGAAUGUCUGGAGGCACAGACCGUCUGUCGCCAGGCAAACGAGUCAACAGCCACUGCAACUUUAAGAUGAUGAUGUGGCUGGUCAUUUUCUACGAAUUCUAUGAUAAAGGAAAACAGUCACCGACACUGUGCGGCGUGAUUGGCUCGGAAGACUUAUCACAGUUGUCUAAGUUGGCUGGACUUCGGGAGUCGGAGAUCAGACUGUUCCAGUGUUUCCUGGACACGCGGCUCAUGCAGUGCCGGCCGGAGGAUCCCAACACUCUGAGGCUGGACGAAGAGGUUCUGGAACUGGGUCCUGGUGGACGGCUCCGCCGCAAGCAGCCUCGGGGCAGACACAAGAUGGUGGACCCUCUCCACGAACUAUUCCAUCCCACUGACCCUACAACAAUUGACCAGUCCGACAGAGACCUGAGGUAUGCCUUGGCCAACAUGGUGGCAGUCGUCCUCGGCUGCGAGCCAGAGUCCAACCAUCUCUGGUACCACCUCUUUGACCAGGAGCCCCUCUGGAACACCUACCUCACCGGGUUCAUGUACAGCAGCAAGAUCAACAAAGACGGCCUCCUCUACGACUGCGGCGUUGAGCUUACUCCAGACGGCCAGUUUGGAAGACAGGACUAUCACAAACACGCCAGCCGUGGGACCUACACCCUUCACUCCCUGUACCUUCUGCUCUGGGCUAACUUUGGAGCUUUCUGCAUGGCUCUCCUGGUGCUACCGGAUGCAGACAGGACCAUCCACGGCCCGCUCAUCUCCGAGUGGUUGUCCGUGCGUCACUACUGCAUCUCGCAGCUGAGGACAGUCUGGAUGCACAUCCGGAACAAUCUGGGAAUUUCGGACGAGGAGCGGUCGUUCCUCAUCAUGAGAUGUAUGAAGACACUCUAUGAGGUGUUAAACUCGGACACGAGCGACCCUGAGACUCGCAGGGGCGUGUUCACAUCCAUUGAGCAACUGGACAGCUACGAGAAGCUCUGGCACGCCCGUGUCUACAGGCCGUCGCGAGAUGAAAUGACAGAGAAGUUUAUCCAGUAUUCCAACGUCAUGCAACAUGCUGUUUUUGUGGAGAUGAGGAGCCUCGAGCUAUGCUACCCUCACUACCCCACCGAGCAGGACUUCACUCACAGUGUCCUCAGCUCGGGCGACGUGGUCCGCGAAGACAUUGCCCUCCUCUCUCGCUUCUCCCUCCAGUGGCGGCGACUGCAGGCCGGCGGAGAGCUCCUGCCUGACCUGGUCGAGCUGUACCAGUGGCUGCACACCGACCUGGCCCACCUGGUCAGCUACGACAAGGCCUGCACGGUCACCAUCAGGAAAGUCAUCAACAGAGCCGUUAAAAAGUACUCACGCGACCGGGGACAGUACUUGGAGCAGCUCUUUGUCAGGGUCAAAGAGGGCUACAACAAAUACGUGGAGCUGAUAGGAGGCGCCAUCGGAGUGGGGGCGUGUGCGGCAGUUCGCCAGGGAAACAAGAUAUACACCAUCGACGAUGACAUUCCUCUUCUUCACUUCCUCACUGAUGUGGAGGAGGAGGAGCAAGGGAACGACUGGCUGUUUACAGUCAUAGCCGACAUCAUCACUGCUCACAACGACAUGGUGGAGCUGCCCCGACAAGUGGCAUCUCAGCCGUUCAAGCGACUCCUCCCCCAGCAACAGUCCACGGCGUAUCCCGGAGAAAUCGCCACUGCUAACUGCAUCAUCCCUCACUUCAAAAUGCUGCAUGGAGUCAAUGAACUGGUCCAACUCCUCCGCAGUCGUCACCGGAACAUUCUCCACACCUACCCCUCCUUCUCUCCCAACGUGGCCCGGCAGCAGCAGUCGGCCACCAUGUCCCUCGGCUCUGCCCCCUCCCCCUCGCCCGCCUCUCCUCUCUUCCACCUCCAGGAGCUCCAGGAAGACAUCAUUGUCUCCUUCGUGGCCGGGAAACCCUUCAUACUUGACGUAUCUGUACUCCGCACUCUGUUCAAGUUCAAAGUGUCUGUGCCCAGAGCUCUGCAACACAAGGCCGAUGUGAUCAGCUCAGACGAGCUGGCGGCCAUACAGGAGAGGCUCCCCGAGGAGCUGAAGGGAGACAUGGACCAGGAGUUCUGUAAGAGACUGGAGUUUGAGUUCCACCCAGCCGACUACCACGUCAUGCUGGCCACCACCACUGGCCUCAAAACUGCCGCCAACCACCUUGUCAAGUUUGUGAUAAGCAAUAGAGUUGAGGCCCUCAACCUGCGACAGACCCUGGCAGACUUCCUCCUCUCUCUCUACGACGGCCUAAACUCCUUCAAAGACGCCCUGAACGAGAUCGGCAUACAGAAACUCACCAACAACCAGGUGGUCUGUCUCUCUGAGCUGCCCCUGGUUCACCUCUACUACUGCCUGAGGGUGUUUGCCACGUGGAUGGAGCAAGGCAUGUAUGACUUCUCUGCUCUGCCCUACACGCUCAAGGCACACCUUCAACCUAAUGACCUAUCCACGCUGAAGGCUAUACCAACAAACUGGGACGCGUCCAUGAGUGAGCUGAUGAGCGAGGUGGAGUCAAUGAACAGCCUCCUGUCACACAUUGAGGGUUACAUCACCAGGCAGGACGCCGGGCAGACGGAGACACCGAUCGCGGCUUACCUCAGGAACCUCAAACUCAUCAGUGACGACGAGAGACUGCCACGGCACAUCCCCAACUCGGUCCUCCUCCAGCACUUCGUGGAGUUCAGGAUCACUCUGAGAGGGAUCAUGAGUGAGGUGCAGCAGAGGUUAGGACCAGGAAGCCAAGGAGAAAGAGGCGGCAGAGAGAGAGCCGAACCACUGGAAGGAAGUGGUGGAGGAUAUAUGGGAGGAGUUCCUGCCACACUUUAGAGGAGCAAUGUACACCGGAGAUGGGCUCUUUCUCUACGACGCUGCCGAGGGGUACUAUUUUGUACCAGAAAGAAGAUGGUAGCGAGGAAGAGGAUGAUCUGAUGGGAGGUGGAGACGAGGAGGAAGAGGAGGGGCAAGAGAGGGAGAAGGAACGGGAGGAGAGAGAGGAGGAUGAUGAGUUCGGUGUGAUCCCUGAUGGAGGAAUAAGUGAAGCGGAUAGAGUUGCUGAGUUCACUCCUGAGCGAGUGGCAGAGUUCCUCAAGGGCAUUGGUCUCAGCAGGUAUGCCCAGUCAUUCCUGGCCUUUGAAGUGACCGGAGAAACAUUGCUGGAAGCUAGAGACAAUGAUCUGAGGGAUAUUGGUGUCCUGCUCAGACUUCACCAGGUCAAGAUCAUCACCGUCUUCAAGAGAGUUGUCACUGGAGAAUCACCUACAGGUUUGACGGUGGACGACGUGGUCAACUUUCUAAAGAAGCUAAAACUGGACACGUACGUGAAUCCCUUCAGAGCCAACGGAAUCGAUGGCGAUAUUCUGGAGGCCAUUCUGGCAAGAGAUGGCGACAAAGUCAUGAUGGAGAGCAUAGGACAUGAGAUGAAAGUGACGGACAUCAUUCUCGAAGAACUAGGAGUUACAAACGGCAUUCAAAGAGCCAAAAUCCGCACUUUCAAGAAAUUUCUCUCCAGCUCACUGGCCUCGGUUCGUAACAGUGUUCAGAGCACAAUGAAUGCAAGUGUUAAAACCACCACCAGUCGUGCCAGCGUUCAGUCGAAAAGUUCCAGUCACACUGGCAGAAGAACCUCAUGAGAACAUAUCAUAGAAAGAUGCUAUAGUUCUUGCACUGUAAAUUUUUUGCCGCUGUAAAUUAUAGUAGUAUAAUUGUCGAUGUAUUGUAUAAUAAUUAUUAUAAUUAUUGUAUUGUAUUGUCAUUCUCUGAAGAAGGUGC